GCUGCUGGAGCACUGCGUAAGAGAAUCCGCUAAAUGCUUCAUGACAACAAUUCAGUGAACAACAUUUUUCAUGGAUAUCUGGGAAUUUCCUUACUCUUCAUGCAUUGGACAUUGCAACCAAGAGCAGAAGCAGGGAACACAAACAGAGAACCAUUUGAUGGAAGAAAAGAAAAAGAAAAAGCAAGAAGAAAAGAAAAAGAAGGACGCUGCUCAGAAAAAGGCUGCUGAACAGAAAACCAAAGUGCCAGAGUCUGCCAAGCCCGGCCCUGCCCCUCUCCCCCCCACCAGCCCUCCCGGGCCCCCCAGCAGCGGCAGCAGUGGCAAUGGCAAGCGCGCUCCUUCCUCAUCCUCCUCUUCCUCCUCCUCCUCCUCCUCCUGCACCUCUAGCGCUCCCCAGCAGCAGCAGACCCAGCAGCAGCAGCAGACGGCCGGUCCGCGUUACCCGCCCCGUGAGGUGCCCCCGCGUUUCCGCCAGCACGAGCACAAGCAGCUUCUGAAGCGGGGCCAGCCCCUGCCGCCCGGGACCCUGCCCCUGAGCCCCGCGCCCGGCCCGCCCCCGGCCCAGCAGCAGCAGCAGCAGUCGUCCUCCUCGUCUUCGGCCUCCGGCCCCACGCCCACACCAGCAGCCUCCAGCAAAGCCCCGGCAUCAGAGCUCCCUCCGCAGACUGCUCAAGGAGCCCAGUAUGAAAAUCCCCAUUGGGGACACCUACACACCAAUCGCAGUGCCACUACGAGCAACACCAGUACCCUCAAUCCCAGCAGCAGCAGCGGUGGAGGAGGAGGAGGAGGAAGCAGCUGGGAUCAACUGAUCAUCGACAAGAGCGACACCGACGGGUGGCCCUCCAUUCCCCGUCGUGAGAGCCACACCUCUGCAGGAUGCUCCGCCACUUCUGACUGCAUCCCCGAGAGCAGCGGCGGCGGCGGCAUCAGCAGCGGCAGCACAAGCAUGGCCUCCGGGCCCAGCCACACGGGCCACUUCUCAGCCAGUCACCCCAACGGCAAAGCCGGCACCGGCCACUCCGGCGGAGCACAGCUCCCUGGCCAGGGUGGUGGUGCCAACAGGGGCUGGGGCUCCAACCCCACCCAGGGCCCCUUCCCCGACGGAAAGGGCGACGGUGCUGGCGGCUUGCCGAUGGGAGGGAGGUCCCAGCCCUGCUGGGGCUCCUCUAGCUUUAACUUGAACCUGAACCCCAGUGCCAACCCCUCGGCCUGGCCCGUCUUGGGCCACGAGGGGCCUGGCCCCGGGGGCGGCAGCUCGGGAGGAGGAGGAGGAGUAGGAGGGACUAACCAGCCUCCCGGCGGCAAUAACCUCUGCAGUCCCUCUGCAUGCAUGACCCCCAAUCAGGGCACCAACGGGAACCCUGCCUCUGGAUCAGGCAGCGCCUGGGGCGGCAUGAUGCCCGCCGAGGCCCAGGACUCACACCGCCACCACUCCCCGUCCACGAAUGUGUCUUUCAGCUCCUCAGAACCUCAGAACCUUAACACUGACGGACCAAAUCACUCUAGGCAGCAGCAGCAGGAGAUGCCCAACCCCGUCCAAGGCCUGCCCGGGUGGGGUACCGCCGGUGGCCAAGCCAUGUCUAGUGGAGCCUCCCAGGUGAAUGGAGAGGACGGCUCUGUUUGGAACAAUGGUGACUCCAAGUCAGCCUCCUCCAAGGAUUCCGGGUGGGAGUCAGCGACUGGCUGGGGUCAUGGCGGAAGUUCGGCAGCCAGUGGUGGUGGUGGUGGCACGGGCGGAUGGGGGCAGCCCUCAGGUGGAGACUGGGGCAAGCCCUCCGGAGGCGAGGCCAAAGGCUGGGACACAGUCAGUUCUCCCUCACAGGAGCAGCUUGCUGGUUGGGGCCAAGGGGGGACUACGCCGGCCAGCGAGGGCAGUGUUGACAGCCAGGAGACGCAGCAGUCUAACAGGGAUGGUUCAACCAGGAAAGAACCUGUCCCCGUGGUGCCUGCACAAGACCUGGACCCAAGGGUGCUCUGCAACACAGGCUGGGGUCAGACCCCGGUCCGGCAGCACACAGCCUGGGAGACUGAAGAGGCAGCUCGCGCCGGGAACAAGGAUGAUUCCGGCACUGAAGUCUGGGGCUCAUCCUCAUCCAGCAUUCCUUCUACUGGGCCCCAACCAAACGCCAAUCCUGGACCCCAAUCCAUGCCGGAGCCAGCUGGAAAGGGUCGGGACUCCUGCUCCAGCAUUGCAGCUAACUCUGGUUGGGGAACUGUGAUGCCAACCCCCAACCAGACUGGGGGUUCUGGAUGGGGAGAGCCUCCCAGCAACAAGAAACCCAGCAACGGGCCGAACGGAGGCUGGAACAACCCACCUCCACAAGCAGGGGGCCCUGGGCCCGGUAUGUCCAAGAAUGGACAGUCCUGGGGCUCGGAUGACAAGUCUCCCAGCUGGGACAACCCUAACAACAACAAAGCCAAACCCCAGGGCUGGGGCGACGGGCCCAAAGUGUCCCACAACUGGGGUAAAGGAGGAGAUGGAGGAUCCGGGGGAGAUUGGGGAGACCCAGGGGAUGGCAAGAAGAGAAGCCCAACCAACUCCACCUGGGAGGGGGAAGGAGGAGGCUGGAAGGACAGUGGCCACAACUGGGGAAAGCCUGCCCCAGCUACAGGAGGAGGAUGGGGUGAACAACAGAGGCCUAGCGGCCCUUCCCAAGGCUGGGGCAAUAAGCCUCAGGAAGGCAGCAAUGGCAACACCAGUGGAGGAGGAGGAGGAGGAGGAGGAGGAGGACGCAUGGGCUCAUGGAGUGGCCCCAACUCUGUGAAACAGCCUAGCUCUGGUUGGGGUGGAGGUGGAGGAGGAGGAGGAGGAGGAGGUGGCGGAGGAAAGCCCACGGGCUGGGAGGAACCCUCCCCACCCUCCAUCCGCCGCAAGAUGGAGAUCGACGACGGUACUUCGGCUUGGGGAGACCCAACUUCCUACAACAAGACGGUCAACCUCUGGGACAAGAACAACCCCGGGGGUCAGGGCAAGAGCGGCCCCUCAGGGGGCCACAGUGGCGGCAACAGCGGCAGUAACAACAACAACAACCCACCCCCUGGCAACAACCCACCUUCCCACCUCCUGCACCACCCUCACCACGGUCCACCUCCCAUGCCUAACCUGAGCCAUAACCAUAAUCACAGCCAUGGUCCAGGCAACAACAACAACGGCAGCUCACCCGAUGGUGGUGGUGGCCCUCAUCAACCUGGACCGCCACAUGCCAGAGCACCUCUCAUGAAUCAAGGUUGGGGGGAGACGUCCAACGUCCACUCGAAACCAGAGCCUUCCUGGGGGGAGCCACCGCCCCCUGCGGUCUCCAUGGACAAUGGCACCGCAGCCUGGGGCAAGCCCACUACGAGCAUAGGAGGCUGGGGGGACGGUGGCCCCGAUGUCUACAACCGGGGCAACCCACCCCCUGGACAAGCACCCUGCAAACCAGCCCCCAAAUCUAUGCAAGAUGGCUGGGGAGGUGGAGGGGAGGAGAUGGGCAUGUCUGGGAGCCAGUGGGAGUCUGAGGACGGGGACAUGUGGAACAGCACCACCUCCCAGGAGAGCUCCUCCUGCAACUCCUGGGGCAAUCCCGCCAAGCGGGGACCACCGAAGGGGAAGCUUCCUAGUAAGCCAGACGAGACCUGGAUCAUGAACCGCCUCAUCAAACAGCUGACUGAUAUGGGCUUCCCGAGAGACCCUGCGGAGGAGGCUCUGAGAAGCAACAACAUGAACCUGGAUCAGGCCAUGAGCGCCCUGCUGGAGAAGAAGACUGAACUGGACAAGCGAGGCAUGGGGAUCUCCGACUACAACAACGGCCUGGUCACCAAGCAGAUGGGCUGCAGGCCUCCGCUCAUCUCCAAAGACUCCUCCUCAGACCGCAACCCCCUCUGUGACAAGGAUGGCGGCCUGGUGGACGACAACCACACCUCACCGUUUCUGCCUUCUCCCGGCCUGAAGCUCCCGCUGGCCAGCCCCUCCAUCCCCGGUCAGGGCCUGGGGGUCGCCAUGCAAAACUUGAACAACAGACAGAUGCAGAGUGGAAUGUUUGUGAGUAGUGGAGCGGCUCAAGCAGCGCGGGCCCUGCAGCAGCAGCAGCAGCAGCCUCCUCCUCCUCAGCCGUCAGUGCCGCCUCUCAGUUCCUCCCAGCCUAGUCUACGCGCUCAAGUGCCUCAGUUUCUCUCCCCUCAGGUUCAAGCACAGCUCUUACAGUUCGCAGCAAAAAACAUUGGACUCAACCCUGCACUUUUAACGUCACCAAUAAACCCUCAACAUAUGACCCUGUUGAACCAACUGUACCAGCUACAGCUGGCAUACCAACGUUUACAGAUACAGCAGCAGAUGUUGCAGGCACAGCGCAAUGUUUCUGGCCCCAUCAGACAGCAAGAGCAACAAGUUGCACGUACAAUCAACAACAUGCAGCAGCAGAUUCAGCAGCACCAGAGGCAGCUGGCCCAGGCUCUGCUCAUGAAGCAGCAGCAGCAGCAGCCUCCUCCACCGCAGCCCCCCACACACCCCGGCCUGCACCCCGGCGCCGGCAAAUCAGCCCUGGAUAACUUCCCAGGCCAGCCCCAGGCUCCAGGCCUCUCCGACCUGCAGACCAAAGAGACCCAGUCUUCUGCCAACUCCUACAGCCCUUACACACUCUCCGGCCUGAACCCCAACAUGAAUGUAGACUGCAUGGACAUGGGAGGACUGUCCCUGAAGGAUCCGCCGCAGCCCCAGUCCCGGCUGUCCCAGUGGACGCACCCCAACUCCAUGGAAACGCUCUCGGGCGGCUCCUCACCCACGGACCCCAGCCUCAGCAAGCACGGUGCCAUAACUGCCCCUAGUCUGGGUCCCCCGGGGAAGCCUUCACUGGACGACUCGUACAGCCCCUAUAACCUGAUGUCCGGCACAGACUCGCCCACCAGCCCUCUGGUGCCACACGAGAGCUGGGCACCGGGCAAGAGUGCCAGCGACAAGAUCUCCAACGGGACCAGCGUCAGCUGGCCUCCUGAAUUCUGCCCUGGAGUGCCAUGGAAAGGACUACAAAACAUUGACCCCGAGAACGACCCUAACAUGACCCCAGGAAGUGUUCCCAGCGGACCAACCAUCAACACCAACAUCCAGGAUGUCAACCGCUACCUGCUCCGAGACCGGAGUGGAGGCAAGCUGUCGGACAUGAAGUCCACCUGGUCGCCGGGGCCCAUCUCCCACACGCAGCCCUCGCUGUCGCAUGAGCUCUGGAAGGUUCCGCAGCAGGGCCCACGCAGCGCCGGCAUGGCCCUGACCCGCCCCCCGCCGGGCCUCACCAACCCCAGCAAGCCCGCCCAGUCGUCCACCUGGGGCGCCAACUCCCUGGGCCUGGCCCCGGCCCCCGGCUGGAGCAGCUCGUACUCCUCAGGUACCACCUGGAGCACUGACAGCUCCAGCAGGACGAGCAGCUGGAUGGUGCUGAGAAACCUCACUCCUCAGAUUGACGGCUCCACCCUGCGGACUUUGUGCAUGCAGCACGGGCCCCUGAUCACCUUCCACCUGAACCUGACGCAGGGCCACGCUGUGGUGCGCUACAGCUCCAAAGAGGAGGCCGCCAAAGCCCAGAAGUCCCUGCACAUGUGUGUGCUGGGGAACACCACUAUCCUGGCGGAGUUUGCCAGCGAGGAGGAGGUGAACCGCUUCUUUGCACAGGGCCAGGCGCUCACCCCCACCACCAGCUGGCAGGCCAACCAGCCCUCAGCCAAUCAGACGCGCAUGGGCGUGGCCGGCUCCUCCCACAAUCCCAUGGCCCACUGGAGCAGCGGCGGCGGCGGCGGCCUGGGAGCCAACAUCGGAGGAGGUGGAGGGGCUCCUGGGAAGGCGGGGGGCGAAUUGCUGUGGGGGGCCGUGCCGCAGUACUCCAGCCUGUGGGGGCCCCCUGGGGGAGAGGACGGGAGGGUGGUGGGCAGCCCCACCCCAAUCAACACGCUGCUUCCUGGAGACCUGCUGAGUGGAGAGUCCAUGUAGAGGGAGGGGCGAAUGGAUAGACAGACGAAUGGACAAGUACCUAAGGCUGCCUGCCCCCUCCCUCACCCACAAUCCUCCAUCCUCCAUCCUCCAUCCCGCCCCACCCAGUCCUUCCAUACCCUGCCCACACCACCCCACUGCCCUCUGGGAUUACCGGUUGUGGAGGAGUAUUUUAAAGUUGCAAACGAAAAAAAAAAAAAAAAAGAA